AUGACGCGGCUCAAGGACCGCAACAACCUGCCCGAAACCUUUUUACUUCUUCUCGUCUCUUACGCUCUUUUCUACUGGGAUCUGAUCCCGGGGUUAUCGACAUAUACUCGGCCAAACCAGGACUUUGUCUGUUAUAUUUCAGUCGCUUCCAUAACUGCUACUACAGAUGAAGGCGAUAUGGCCACUGUCAGCGCUUUGUGUCUGGGUGUUUCUGGGAGGCCGUGGAGACGUCUUGUUCACAACGCCGCGGGAGUGGCUCGCGCCGUGGCUGUUGCACACACCAUGGGACUGAAUCAUGACUGCAGCGGAUGGAACAUCAAGGACCUCGAGAAAUGCAUGCGUUGGAAGGUCUGGUGGGUUGUUCUCAUUCUAGAUCAAUGGUCCAAUUUUGCCCAGGGCACACCUACCUACAUAUCGAAGGGGCAAUAUGACGUGCCGCUUCCGACGAUGGAUAUUCUGCUCACGCGGAAGCGAGCGCAGUCCACCAAACACAUCCGUGCCGCCGAGGUCUAUUUGCAGUUGUGUCGGCUGACAGAGAUUCUCGGAGACAUAUUACCCUUGAUCUACCAAAUUCACACUCCUACCAAUAUCCACAACACUGCAUCACGGCUGUCUGGCCCCAAUGAGGUUCUCGAUCAGUGGGUAGAUAAUCUGCCUCACUGGCUGAAUAUGAGCGAUUUCCACGAGCGGCCGUUUGUUCCAGGUCUUGCGAAUCUGCAACUCUCAUACUUAUCAGUACGCAUGCUCCUCCGACGUAUCGCGUGGCAUGAUGCCAUUCGUACCCAGAGUGACAAGAGCUGCUUAUCGUCGCUGUUAUCUCUGUGCCAGACCGUAGCAGAGAACAUUGUUAGACGGGACCUGAUCGCUUUCUGGCUUCCCUACAAUGCUCAGCAUUUCACGUCGGCUGUUACACUAUUGCUUUGCUGCGCACUACAAACAAAUAACAGCAGCACACGCUCUAAAUGCAUGAUGGGUGCGCGAACACUUGUAGACUCUCUGCAUAGACAUCGCAACGAGAAUGAUUGGGAUCUGUCUGAACUCUGCCUGAGCCAGAGUGAGGCAGUGCUGAAACGCAUGGAGGAAGCACUCCCACGGCUGCUACUGAAUAAUACUUUGACAUCGAUCGCAGGGUCACCUAACAUCCCAGACCACGAUAUAGAAGUAAGUAGUCGUAUAGUUGACGACAUGAAUAAUGGGGGAACGUCAGUAGGAUAUAUCGGCACUGAAGAUGAGGAGCCAACUAGCCUCGCAGCACUCUUCCCUGAGCUAUUCAGGGAUUUGUCCAGUGAAAACUUUGAUGUUACGCAGUAUGAUUCAAUGUAUUCUAUAUUUGAUAGUUAG